AUGGCCGUUGCGGAUGGACAUAGCGGGGAGACUGUGCUAGAGCAUAUGGAAGGUUUUGGUUAUGGAGGAGGGACCCGACUGCACAAGGCGUAG